AUGAUUUUCAAGAGUUUUUUUGGUUUUAAAUUAGAAAUUGGGGGUUUAAUUAUUGGAUGGUUGGGUGUGAUUUUAACAGGUCUAUUGAUCCCAGUAUGUGUAGUAUUAAUGCAGGUUCCUUAUUUAAUAUCUCGAAAAAGUGGAAGGACCAUUGAUGAUAAUGUAACUUUCUCCAAAGUAUUGAUUAUCAUUCUAUCGGCUUUUAUAUCAUUAUUAGCGUUUAGUUGUUUCAUCUACUCGCUCUUGCUCCGAGGAAUUUCAAAUAGAUCACACAAAAAAAUUCUUCCAGCUGUUAUUCUUCUGGGAACUGGAUUAAUAGGACUGGGAAUAGGAACAUUAACUAGUUUAAGUAUCGACUAUAGCUCCGAUGGAAUUUUACAAGUAAUUUCAGGAUUAUUGAUUUACGGUUACAUUUUUGCUAUUAUUUACUCAUUGUAUGUCAAAAUUAAGGAUGAAAAUAAAAGUAAAAUCAUUGUUGCAGUGUAG